CGGCAAAAUUUGCAAUCAUUUGCGAUAAUCGCAAAUACUCGCGAUACAACUAGUUGCUGUCCGUUAUAAUGAGGUUAUAACAUUGUUCGUCAUAACAUUUUAUAUCUUUCUGUAACGAUCUGAUAAGUUAUGAGUGGAGAUGAGGCCACCGGCUGCGGAAUGUCCAAGAUUCAUAACCCACCAAUGAUACCUAUAUCACCCAAACGUAGAAAAUCUCUAAGAUCAGAAGAUACAAAAGAUAUUCACAGCUCACCAAUGACAUCCACAUUAUCUAAUUCCAAAUCUAGAAGAUCUCUAGAAUCAGAAGAUAGAAGUAAAUACCCUUUCUUAAAUAAUAGUUUUCAAAGUUCGGAAAUGAAAAAAAAUAUAUCAAAUUCAUCUGAUGAAAGUGAAGAAGAAUUAUUUAAAAAUCAAAGUUAUGAAAAUACACAAGUGACAGAAAGUUCUAGUAAGGAAGACGAAAAGAUACUAUCUUUACAUUCAUGUUCACAAGAUCGCUCUAUAACUUUCUCUCCAGAAAGAUGUAUUUGUUCACAGAAAAUAAAGUAUGAAAGGGACUAUACUAAACAGAAAAGGGACUAUACUAAACAGAAUACAAGCAACAAUCUUUACUUCUACAUUAUCAUAUUAGUAUUAGCAGUAGGAAUAUUUUUCCAAUUAUUUUUAAAUAACAAUAAAGAGCAGUCUAUAAUUCUUAAUAAUCCUUUAACUGAAUCAGUCCAAAACCUCAAAACAUCAUUUUCUAAUCAAGAAUUAGAUAUCUGGAAUGAUAUUUCAUGUGCUAUAAACGAAGUGAUAUCAAAAAUUCCCAAAACACCUUCAGUAAUUCUGCUAUUUGCAAACGAAACAACUACAAUGAAUUGUUUAGCUACUAAACUAGCACAUAUGAGCAGUGAUAUUUUGAAUGCAGAUAAUUAUCUGAUAUUUAAUCCAAAAGAUUUUGGAAACGAUGCUGGUGAAAUCAUUACUACAUUAAAAGAACAUUCUCCGGAGAAAAAAAAAGUUGUGAUUAUUCACGAUAUAUUGAAUAUUAAUGCAGAAGCAAUAAAGGCAUUACAUAAUUUAUGCGAUAGAAUAAAUCCUUUAGUAGCAGAAGCUAUUUACAUUCUUACUAUGCAAACUAACAGUUCUUUGUCACAACAGAAGAAGCUAAACUUUGUAGAAAGUCAGAUGUAUAACCGACUAUCAAAAAGCAUCGAUCAGGAUAUUUUGGCUGCACUUGUAACGCGCAUUACAGAUGGGGUAAUUAUAUCGGUACAACCUGAACCACAAUUAAGAUAUUGCUAAUCUGAAUUGAAAAAAGAAGAUAAGCAUAUGCAGUUGUAACAGCACAUUGAUGUAGUUAUGUAAUUAAAAAGUUCAAUAUUUUUGUAAGUAAGAAA